GCAGAAUCGGCCAACGAACGGGCCGGCGUGCUGAGCCGCGUGACCGGGCUGCAGGCCCGGCGGCAGGAACGAUGCUCGGCUACCGGGAGGUGGACGUGUGGUCUCGCCGGCACGAGGUGCACGCCAUGCGCGGCCAGGUGACCACCUCCUGCUUGUGGAACGCCUGUCGCGCCAUGGGCCUCGGCCUCCUGCUGGUCACCGUGGGAGCGGCCAUGGCCACCAUGGGGUACUACAGCCAGCGGUCACUGCACCAGCCGGCCCUGUCGCCGGCGCCGGACGCCUCCAACGGCUCCCUGCUGUCCCGCCAGCGGGCCAGGCAGGCCGCCGACCUCACCUUCCGCCACCUCUCCUACUUCGGCUCGGUCGUCAUGGGCAUCGGCGGCUUCAUCGUGGUGGCGUCGUGCGUGAUGACCUUCGAGGCGCGUGACUCAGCGGCCAAGGUCGUGCCGGCGCGCUUCCGCGGCCAGCCGGAAGCAACGACGACGCACGACUCGCCCGGUCUGCGCAGCUCGGCCUGCCAGACGCUGCCCUGCUCUCCGCGCUCCGGCCGGGGCUGGAGUACAGACGACGAUGGCAAGCGCGAGCGCAUCGAAAGCCUGCGUCUGGACACAGCUGGGCGGCGCAAUGUGUUUGUCUACAUGGAGCACGGCACCGGGGACGACGUGCUGACCGUGGCUGCCAGCUUCCUGGACCGCUGGCUGGUGGAGAAGUGGUGGCUGCUCUCCGGCCCGCCGGCUGUUGUAGUGCCGGCUUCUUGGAACGUCGGCUGGUGUAGAAGUGGUGGCUGCUCUCCGGCCCGCUGGCUGAUGUAG